AAUUGUCUUGGUUUACCAACAUGGCGGAUGCGUUGACGUACUAACGUACUGAAGCGCGGCACCGCGUCAGGCAAGAAGGAGAAGAAAAACCGCGCGAGGGGGGCGUCUCGCGCCAGGGAGCAGCGCAUACGGCGGACCAUCGAGCUCUGCGAGAAAACAUCUAAUCGGACAGAGAGCAGUAGCCUCCCACACGUAUGACACGAGCUUUGGCAUGAUGAAAACCCCUCCCUCUGCGUCCCUGCGGGUCAAGCGCAAAAACGUUCGGCAGCUGAGAAAAAACUUCUGCCUGAGCAGAGCCAGCGGCCUGGACCCCGAGGGCUCGCCGUCGAAGAUCCGGCCCGGCCAGCGUGACGCACGCCUCACCAGGAUGCCCGCCACGGUCAUCCAGCGGCAGGAAAUGGCUUCGUACCUACGGCUUUUUGAUGACGACCUGAUACAAAACUUUCUCAUGAUGGACUGUUGCUACAAAAUGACAGACAAGUACCUUUUAGCCAUGACCUUUGUUUACUUCAAACGGGCCCACUUCGCCAUUGCUGAAUACACCAGAAAGAAUUUUUUCAUGGCACUCUAUCUCGCCAACACCAUGGAGGAGGAUGAGGAGGAAAGCAAGUACGAAAUUUUCCCCUGGGCCCUGGGCAAAAACUGGAGGAGACAGUUCCCGCGUUUCCUCAAGCAGCGAGACGAGCUGUGGGCUCGCAUCUGUUACAGGGCCGCUGUCAGUAGGCGGUGCUGUGAGGAGGUAAUGGCCAUCGUGCCCUCCCACUUCGCGUGGCAGCGGCAGCGGUCCGACCACCACAGCGGCGCCCUGCGGCAGUAUAACGCGCAAGGCGCCGCCCGCUUUCCGCGCGGGCCCUCCGCCUCCCCCGUCUCCUGCGCCGUCUGCGACUGCGGCGGCAGGUUGCGUCACGUCCCCUCCGGCCGCCCGCCCGCGCAGACCACCAGCUUCCUGAACCCGUUCGCUCCUGCCUUCAUGCUGGAGCUGACGCCGCCCAAAGCCUCCAGCAGGGCGGCAGAGGAGUAUCAGAGCGGGGCGCAGAACUCGUGCUGCUUCUGUCCCGAAGAGCUUCCAAGGGAGGCGUCUUCCUGUGACUCCUCCUUUGACCCCUUCAUAGACUGGAUCAGCGAGAUGUAAAGCACGAAAGCAAACUCAGCCGCUUCGCCUGGUCCCUCUUCGUCCCAGCCGAGCCGUUCUGUGCAAUAAUCCUUCGUUUAUCUCGAACGUCGCCGUAAAAAGUCUGAAUCUUCCAGUUGGUGUCGACCUAACGCGAGCGCUCUGAACCGCUCCUGCUCAAUACAAGUAAACAUGAAAUCAGUUGUUGGUUUAGAUGAGCGACCAGACGAAUUCUGUAUUAAUUGUUCCUGCUACAGCUCUAUUUAUUUACUGCAUUCAUUUAUUUAUUUAACUUAUUCAUAUGUGGAAUGUUGAUGCAAAGUUUUUGUGGGGCUUGUUAGAUUGAGAGAGGGGGGGAAUCUUUCCAGUUGUGACUUUUUGAUGAGUCAAGGAUGUCUGAGUUUGAGAAUACAAAGCUGAACCUAA